CCGGAUAGAGGAGGAGGAGGGGAGGAGCCGGGCGGACAAGGGGUCUGCUCGGCGCCUGGCCAGAGGGAUGGAGGCGGCGUGGCGCCAGGCCGGCCGGGGCAGGGGGCGAGCCCGGGCCAGCGGCCAGGCCGGGAUCGGGCUCUGUGCCCGCGGGGGAGCUAGCGGCGGCGCCGCCCGGCCCGGGUCCGGGUCCGGGUCCGGGUCCGGCCGGGGGAGAGGAGGCGGCGGCGGCGGCGGCGGCACUCCCUGUAUCCCGCUCACCGGCAGCAGCAGCUCCCUGGGAGCUAGAGAAUUAUCUUCUCAGAAGAAAUUUGAUGAAAUUAAGAAGGCUAAUCAAGCGGCAGCAAAAAAGUUUGUUGAAGACCAGUUUAGUUCCUCUUCUGAAGAAGAUGAAGAUAGCGAAGGAAAACAUGGAAAGAUAUUGGCCAAAACAUUCACAACUUAUACUAAUCAAACUGAUGGAGAUGCAAGUGAACUAGAACGUACAAGACAAUAUGUGAAUGAAGCAUUUCAGUCUGGGGCUUUGACAUGCUUGAUUUGCAUUGCUUCAGUUAAGAGAAACCAAGCUGUCUGGAGCUGUUCUGGAUGUUUCUGUAUAUUUCACAUGCCAUGUAUCCAAAAGUGGGCUAAGGACAGCCUUUUUCUUAUAUCUUCUCCCUUGACAGAUGAUGAUUUUGGGAAGAAAGAUUAUCCAUGGCCUUGUCCAAAAUGUAGGUUUGAGUACAAACGUUCUGAAACUCCCACUAGAUACUACUGCUACUGUGGGAAGGUAGAAGAUCCAGAGUUGGACCCAUGGCUGGUACCUCACUCAUGUGGCCAAGUAUGUGAGAGGGAAUUUAGACCUCCAUGUGGACAUAAAUGCCUACUGCUCUGUCACCCAGGUCCUUGUCCUCCUUGCCCAAAGAUGGUCACAAUAGCCUGUUACUGUAAGAAGGCUAAACCAGUGCCGAGAAGGUGCAGUACCAAAGAAUGGUCAUGUCAGCUGCCAUGUGGUCGAAAACUGCCAUGUGGACAGCACAGUUGUGAGAACCCUUGUCACCCAGGAGAUUGUCAGUCUUGCCCACGAGUCAGUAAACAAAGGUGUGUCUGUGGUAGACAAAUAACAGAAAGACUUUGUGCAUGUCCAUUUUGGCAGUGUGAGCAGGUAUGUGGGAGAACUUUGCCUUGUGGUAAUCACACAUGUGAACAAGUUUGUCACUCUGGUCCCUGUGGCGAAUGUCCUCGAUCUGGGAAAAGGCCCUGUCCGUGUGAGAAAUCAAUGUUUUUUUUGCCCUGUACGGAAGAUGUACCUACUUGUGGAGAUAGUUGUGACAAAGUUCUUGAAUGUGGAAUCCAUAGGUGUUCGCAGCGUUGUCAUCGAGGUCCCUGUGAAAUUUGUAGACAGGAAGUUGAAAAGCAGUGUCGUUGUGGAAAGCAUACUAAACGCAUGCCGUGUCAUAAACCGUAUCUGUGUGAGACAAAGUGUACUAAAAUUCGUGAUUGCCAGAAGCACCAAUGUAAGAGAAAGUGUUGUUCUGGAAACUGUCCACCUUGUGAUCAACUCUGCGGACGGACUUUAGGGUGUAGAAAUCACAAAUGUCCUUCAGUUUGCCACAGAGGUAGUUGCUACCCAUGCCCAGAGACAGUAGAUGUGUUGUGCAAUUGCGGUAAAACUGUUCUCAAAGUACCCUGUGGCAGAGAACGUAGCACCAAGCCUCCAAAAUGCAAAGAGCUGUGCAGUCGGCCACCAACCUGCCAUCACCCCAGCCAAGAGAAACACAGUUGUCACUUUGGCCCUUGCCCUGCAUGUCGUCAGUCCUGCCAGAAAGUGUUAAAGUGCGGUCACUUGUGUCCUGCUUCUUGCCACGAUGAAGCUCUUGUGAAGCAAACUGGCUUGCACCAACCUGCCGGGCCCUGGGAACAGCCAUCUGAGCCAGCUUUUAUUCAAACUGCAUUACCUUGCCCCCCAUGUCAGAUUCCUUUACUAACGGAAUGUCUUGGGCAGCAUGAGGCGAGUCCUUUACCAUGUCACUCUGCGGGCCCCUACUCAUGUAAAAGAUUUUGUGGACGGCUGCUUGAUUGUAAGAAUCAUACCUGCAUGAAGGAAUGUCAUAAAUUUACCAAAGUAAAUGGUAAUACUGACAGGCAAAAGGCUAGUCCAGAAUGUUCUCACUGUGAGGAGGCGUGUACCAAGCCACGACCACCAGGCUGCCCUCACUCGUGCAUUUUGCCCUGUCAUCCUGACCAAUGUCCACCAUGUGUCCAAAUGCUUAAAAUAAAGUGUCACUGCAAACUCACAAACCUGUAUAUUGAAUGCAUAAAAAUAACUUGUGCUGACUUAAAAGAAAAGGAUCUUCUCAGUUCCUGCAAAAAUCAGUGUCCAAAAGAGUUGCCCUGUGGUCAUCGAUGUAAAGAGAUUUGCCAUUCGGGUGAUUGUCCUCAAAAUUGCAACCAGAAGGUUAAACUCAGAUGUCCAUGCAAGAGAAUGAAAAAGGAAUUACAGUGCAGCAAGGUACGAGAAGGCCAGGUUUCACUAGAAUGUGACACAUUGUGUAAGGAAAUGAAACGGAAAGCAUCUGAGAUAAAAGAGGCAGAAGCCAAAGCUGCUAUUGAAGAAGAAAAGCGAAGGCAACAGGCUGAACUAGAGGCUUUUGAGAACAGGUUAAAAGGACGACGAAAAAACAAGAGAAGAAAGGAUGACGUAGAAGUUGAGCUAUCGGUGUGGCAAAAAUAUAAGAAUUUUAUCAUGCUGCCAGUAUGUGGAGUUGCUGUUGUGAUGCUUGCGUGGCUCAUGGCUUACAACAACUGAAAUAAUUUGAUCUAUUGUAAUAUUCCUCAGUUGGGCUUUAGGUACCUCUUAUUGCUAGAAUGUUAGUCUGUAUAUACUAGAACUUCAUGUUCAUAGUUCAGUUGUAUAUUUAAUUGAUGUCAUGAGGGGAAAAACAAAAAGCAUGUGAAGCUUUUAAAUCUUAGUUAACAGCACAAAAAUAUGAAUUCAGAGUAGAAUGAUUUAAAGUUGUACAGUGCAUAUGGUCAUGCAGUUUAUCCUGCAUAGUUUCACCAUCUGUUUUAAUAUGUUGUAUUAUGUCUCAUUAACUCCACUUUGCAAUAUUAAGCAUAGGUUUUUUAAUUUGGUUGUACUGCAUACCAGUACAUUUGUAAAAUAAGGUUAAAUUGAGCCAUAUUUGCAGUAAAUCAACGUUGUAUUUUUGCCACUUUAAUAAGCAGAGGCCGCUCUGUGUAUGGCAAGCUAGGCAGCUGCCUGGGAUGGCAGAUUUCUGGGCAGCUGCCUAGAAAGGAAGAUUUUAGUCCAGCUGCUCCUCUGUCAUGAUGGGGGACAGUCAGGCCAAAUUUGAGUGACGUUGUGACCCCAUGAUAACAGAAGAGAGAGCCAGCCCAAAUUUGAGUGAUGUGGCCCUAGGUUGCAAUACCACUUUCUCAGAUUUGGCCUGGCCACCACCCUGUCAUGAUGGAGCAGUGGCCAGGCCAUAUUUCAGUGACGUGAAGGCAGUGCACUGAAGCGUCGCCUAGGGCAGCAGAUUGCCUUGAGUUGACACUCUCUUAAUAAAGAUUAGUAUUUUUAGUCUUUGAUUUAGAUAAAUCAUAAUUCAUACAAAACAAAAUAGGAAGAUCCAUCCUUCGGCAGCUUUUAAUCAUCAUUUUAUUGAAUAUAGAACUUCAAAGGGUCUAGAAGACUUGGGCUUUCCACAGUGGAAAUGUCAGCUUUCCUCACAAAAGGUUUAUUUACUUCGCUUGCGCUAUCACAACCAGUACAGUGGGUCUCACAUCGUUACUUUUCAAACCCUUAAUUUUUCUGUGCCUCAAAAAAAAUAAAAAGCCUAAUGGAAUCGCAGACUUGUGCUGAUCAUAUGGGAAGUUGCUUGACAAUGAAGUGAGCUCUCAAAGCUGUGCUGUCUUGUGACACUUUUUUUUCUUGAACAAAUUUCCUUUACAGUAUAAGGAAAAACCCACUUUAUUUUUCUGCUUUCAUAUAUUCCUUUAGUGAUAAGUAGAGGCUUAUUCCAAAUCCAUGCCAUAAAUGCGGACUUUGCUCUUCCAGGCCAGAGAGCAAACAGUAUUUUUUUGUGAACACUUAUGCCAAGUAAUCCUCCUUUUGAUGGAGAGGAGAAAAGAGGAGAUUUUCCUUAAACAGAUGUAUGAAGAUAGUCUGUUCCAUUGUCAAGUAAUAUGUUGCGGACCAAUAUUCAUAUCAAUGUGAGCAGGGCUUUGUUGAAGCAGUUCUCACCUUACUUGAAACGAACUCAUUUUUUUCUAUGACCGUGUUGGCUAUUUCUUCAUUAAAACAAAUACAUUGUAAAGCGUC